UCAUAUAUCAAAAGAAACAUUUAUGGGGUGGAAAAGAAGCCAUGAAGCUGAUUAUCAAACUAUGUCAUGGCUUAAAUGUGAAGUGAUGAAAGAUAAUCCUUCAAUGGUUGAUAUUUUGUGGUGUGAGGUGUGUCGAACAUACCAAUCUAAGGUAUGUGGCACUAAGCAUUUCUCCAGAACGUGGAUUGAUGGGUCAAGAAAUCACAGAACCAACAAUGUCAUUGAUCAUGCUGGGAGUGCUCAGCAUCAAGCUGCAAUGUCCUACAAGCGAAAAGAAACAGCAAGAGAGAGGAGAGAGCCAGUGACGGAUUACAGUGAGAUUGCCAGAAGUUUUAAGAUGAAGCCGGAGACCAAAGCAAGGAUGAUGAAGAAAUUUGAAAUAUGUUAUUUUCUGGCAAAAGAAAACUUUUCAUUCGUAAAAUAUCCAUCUAUCUGUGCUCUUGAAAAACGACAUGGUGUUGAGCUGGGAGAGGCAUAUUCAACUGAUGUAGCAGCUAGUCACUUUGUGCAUUAUAUUGCUGAAAGUCAGCGACAGCAUUUCAAACAAACAGUGGCAGCACCUUUCUUCAGCAUCUUGAUGGAUAGUUCAGCUGACAAAGGAAAAGUGGAGAAUGAGUUGUUUGCAAUCAUCUAUUCUGAGAGUGAUCACACCUCUGAAAAGCUAAUAACUCGAAGUCGAUACUUCAAAGUACUGGAACCGUCUAAGGCUGAUUCUGCUGGACUCUUUGAUUGCCUACAAGAAUCUCUGAAAGAUAUGGGUAUAAGAGAUUUGAUGAAUCCAGAAAAUGUGCUGCAAGUCAAAAAUUUGCCAAUUCUUGUUGGUGUGGGAACUGAUGGUGCUGCUGUAAACAUCUCAGAGAUACGUGGACUAAAAGCAAAAGUUCAGAAUGUUCUGCCAUGGAUUUUCUGGAUGUGGUGUUUUGCCCAUCGACUAGAACUGGCAAGCAGAGACGCUCUCUCCAAUCCAGUAUUUAAAGAAAUAGAUGAAAUGCUUCUUAGGAUCUAUUAUCUUUACAACAAGUCUCCCAAGAAAUGUAGGGAACUGAGGGCUAUUGUGAACGAUUUGAAAGAAGUAUACAAUUUUCCAAGGGGUGGCAACCUACCAGUGAGAGCAUCAGGAAGCAGAUGGAUUGUUCAUAAGCGAAGAGCACUCCACAGAGUUCUCGAUAGGUAUGGGGCUUACAUGAACCACCUAGCAAGCCUCUGUGAAGAUGCUAGUCUUAGAAGCCCUGAUCGGCAGCGUCUAAAAGGUUAUUUGACAAAGUGGACUCAUGCAAAAAUAAUUCUGUCCUGUGCCCAUUACAUAGAUAUUUUAGAUCCCGCCGCUAGUCUGAGCUUGUCUUUACAGGAAGAUGAUCUUGAUAUCAUUAAGGCAAUUCAAUCAGUACUCAAAAGUCACCGAGCCAUGGAACAGUUGAAAGAAACUCCCUUAACCAAUUGGUUUGCAAGCAGACGUGUCAUGGACAAUCUAAUAGAAAGUGCAGAUGGCAAAAUGACGUAUCAAGGAAUUGAAUUACAUCACUUCAAUGAUGUAGUUGUGAACAGCUGCAGACAGCAAGCUUUAAGUGAUCUGAGAAGAUUGGAUGAUGAAUUGAAGGAAAGACUUUCAUGGUCAGACACAAAACUUAUGAGGGCUAUUAUGGUUUUCUUGGACACACAAGCCUGGUACUCACACAAAACCGAUGAGUCUUUCUCUCAUCAGCUUACAGAGGCUGUUUCAAUGCUAGUUGAGAAUUUCCGAGCUCCUCUCGAGGCCAAGGCUACUGAUCUAGCAGCAAUUCAGGAAGAAGCCAAGGAGAUGCUUGACUAUGCACAUCAAUAUCUUCGAGUGGACAGAGAUGGGUAUCAACAUGUUUGGUACCGCUUGGCGUUUGGACCUGACUGCACGCAAUUUAGGAAUUUAGUUGCUAUUGCACAGCUCCUUUUCAGCUUACCGUUUAGUACUGCAAAAGUAGAACGCCUUUUCUCCCGCUUAAAACUUAUUAAAACUGAUCGUAGAACAAGUCUUAGUCAGGAGACGUUAUCUGAUCUGCUAGAGGUCAGUGUUGAGGGAACUGAACUUGAAAAUUUUGAUUCAAGCGCUGCUGUACAGUUAUGGUGGUCAGACUGUUCAAGAACUCGUCAUGAAAGUCAUCCCAAAAAAAUAAAAAUUGAAUGCAGCAGCGAGACCAUUCAUCAACAAGAAGACACUUCAGCGAUCAAUGAGGCAACUGAAACAAUAUGUGAGGCAGAGCAGUCGGUAUCUCUGGAUGAUUGGGACUCUUGGAUCUUGAAUGAUGAGUGAAAUAUGGUCACAGUACCACAACUUGCAUCGUCACACU